AUGAAUUUAUUAAAGAAAGCAUCCUUGAUAAUAUGGGAUGAAGCACCUAUGGUGCACAUGUAUGGUUUUGAAGCUUUUGAUAAGAGUUUGAAAAACAUAUUGUCAUCUGAUGAUUCUAGCAAUUGUCAACAACCUUUUGGAGGUAAAACGAUUGUGUUUGUGGAGAUUUCCAACAAAUUCUUCUGGUUAACCAAAAACAUGCGGCUAACUGUUGGGGGUGAAUUACAUGAUGUUGAACAAACAAAGGUCUUUGUACAAUGGUUGUUGGACUUAGGUGAAGGGAACAUAGGUGGCUCCAACGAUGGCGAGGCAACUAUAGAAAUACCUGUUGAUCUUCUUAUUAUGGAUUCAAAUGAUCCUGUUUCUGAUUUUAUCGACUUCGUUUAUCCUUCAGUUAUUCAAAAAUUCAUUGUUGCAACAUUUUCCCAAGAAAGAGCUAUUCUUGCACCGACUAAUGAAGUUGUAGACAGAAUUAAUGAUCGAUUGCUAUCUGUAAUUCCCGGAGACGAAAAGGAAUACCUGAGUUCCGACAGUAUUUGCGAGUCUGAGAAUCUACAGGAGGGUUUUGAUCAAAGCUUGUAUUCACUGGAUGUACUAAACGGACUUAAAAUUUCAGGAUCGCGUGUUAUAGAAGCUGAAGUAAUAUCUGGAAGUAAUAUAGACAAGCAUACUUUCAUUCCUAUAAUUGCUUUAACACCAUCAGACAAGAAGAUUCCAUUUAAGUUUAAAAGAAGACAGUUUCCUAUUGUUAUUUACGUCGCUUUGUCUAGAGUUAAAAGCAGAGAUAGACUCAAACUCAUAUUGUUGAUAAAGAUGAUUUCUUAG